AUGAAUCACUUCAAUGGAACGAUUCCAAAAGAGAUUGGCUUAUUGGCAAAUCUUCAAACACUUAUGUUUGGCACUAAUGGUUUUAAUGGCUCUAUCCCUAACGAAAUAGAAAACAUGAAAUCUUUGAGAAACCUAUCUUUAGAUAAUAACGACCUCAUAGGUCCCAUUCCUGCCUCUUUUAGAAACUUGACCAAUUUAUUUGUCUUGUACCUUUUUGAAACAUACAUUUAUGAACAUAUUCCAAAAGAAAUAGGAAAACUGAGAAUGUUAAACGAACUUAUUCUUCAACUCUCUGGAAGUAUUCCUGUAGAAAUUGGAAAUAUUAGUAGUCUAAGAAUGCUUGAUCUUAGUGACAAUAAUCUCUCUGGUGAACUUCCUGCUUCCAUAGGAAACUUGAGCAACAUAUAUCAAAUUUUUCUUUAUGGAAACAGCAUUUCUAGACAUAUUCCGAGAGGAAUUAGAAACCUGAGAAAUUUAUGGAACCUUCAGCUUUUAUCAAAUCAAUUUUUUGGAAAUAUUCCUAAAGAAAUUGGAAACUUAAGAGAGUUAAAGAUUCUUAGGCUUUCUACCACUAAACUUUCUGGUAUUAUUCCUACAAAAAUUGGAAAGUUGAGCAACUUAGAAAUUCUUGACCUUAAUACCAACAAUUUUUAUGGUCAACUUCGUGCUUCCAUAGGAAACUUGGCAAAACUCAACAAACUCAUUGUGCUUCAAAACCAGCUCAGUGGCUUUUUUCCUUCAACAAUGAAUAACCUAACUAGCUCAAAGAAUCUACAAUUGGCUUCAAAUAGCUUCACUAGACAAUUACCAAAACAAAUAUGUGAUGGUGGAUUGCUUGAGUUUUUUUCUGCCGGCUCCAUACCACUUGUGCUUGGUAAAGCACCUCGGCUUCAUGUACUUGACUUGUCCUUAAAUCAUCUCACUGGAAAUAUUCCAGAGGAACUUGGAAGUUUGAAGUUAUUCAAACUUAUGCUAAGUGAAAAUCAACUAUCUGGAGAGAUUCCUCAAAUAACCGGAAUGCUAGCUGAUUUGGAGUACUUAAACUUGGCAAUAGCACCUCAGCUUGCAGAAAUGAAACGUUUAGAAACUCUAAAUCUCUCACACAAUAAUCUUUCUGGUUUAAUUCAAUCCGAGUUUGAUGAAAUGAAGAGCUUGACAAUGGUUGAUAUAUCCUUCAAACAAUUUGAAGAUCUUAUUCCAAAUUCCAAAGCUUUCCGUGAGGCAUCAUUUGAAGCGUUCAGAAACAACAAAGGCUUGUGUGGUAAUGCCACUAGUUUACCGCUUUGCUCUCAUGGUAAAAGGGGCAACAAAGUCAACAUAUUGAUCAUCCUGGUAUCUGUUUUCAACAGCCUAUUUUUUCUGUCCAUUUUGUAA